AUGACGAUGAUCUUCUUCUUCUUCUUCUUCGUCUUCUUCGAGAACUGUAGUGUCAAAGUGUGCGUAAUAUAAUUACAGAGGGUUUGAUAUUUGGUCUGGGCAUUGAAGAAAGAUGAGCAAGAGGGACAUGGAGACGAGGUCUUUACUUGAUGAGCUGCGUAGCUUCGAGAAUGGUGCCUUCUUCGACCUUGGCCACCCCCUCCUUAACCGCAUCGCUGAGUGCUUCGUCAAAGCCGCUGGGAUCGGAGCUAUUCAGGCUGUGUCGCGCGAGGCUUAUUUUACAGCCAUUGAAAGUGCAGGGCUUGAUUCGAGCGGUGGUAUGCCACCGGAGAUGUUGGGUGCCAAGAAGCAUCGCAUCCCGGGCCUCAAGGGAGAAACCAACAGGAAAUCUCUUGAGGCCAUGGUGAAGAACACUGGAAAAGAAUCCUUACAGUGGGGACUGGCUGCAGGAGUGUAUUCAGGUCUCACGUAUGGGCUAAAGGAGGCUCGUGGAGCUCAUGAUUGGAAAAACAGUGUAGUUGCAGGAGCAGUUACAGGUGUGGCACUGGCGCUUACAUCUGAGGACUCUUCCCAUGAGCAGAUUGUGCAGUGCGCAAUUACUGGAGCUGCAAUUUCGACUGCUGCAAAUCUCCUUACCGGGAUAUUUUAAGGAGGUGAUAUGGCACCAGACAAGUUUACAAGUUUACAUAGGUUGCCUUCUGUUUAGUUUGAUAUGAUAUUGUUUGUAGUUGUCUUCAAAUGUUCUGGCUUCGUAUUUUCCCUUGAUCAUUAUGGUCCAGAAAUAUAAGCUCUUGGCCCCUUUUGUAGACUCUUUUUUUGGCUGUUCAACGCUGAACAAGAAUGCAUCUUUAUUUCAUAAAUGUUUCAUGUCUUAAUGAGCAUUU